UUGGGGCGGGGCCUUGGGCCAGCUGCGGUCAAUCCGGGGAAGCUGCUGCUGCUGCGGAAGGCCAGGAGUGGGCCGGGGUGGGGACCGGGACAGCCUGGGGCGGGAAGGGGCCGGCCCGCAGUGCCCGGCUCGUCCUCUGCUUCCCUAGCGUCUCUCCUGGGGGCGAUCAGGUGCCUUCCUUCCUAUGGCCUCAGCCUCGGAGCAGCGGCAUCACGUUCCACCCCGGGUAUUCCCGGUGCUGGCCUCCCACUUCCCCACCCCACUCGGGCGGCAGCCUCCUCGCCUCCUUUCCGGACUCAAGACCUGCCGCCAGUCCGCCCUGCACGUGAAUUGUUUGCGGAGUUGUUUGCAUGUCGUCUUCUCCAUUAGAGCGAGUUCUUGAGAGCAGGACUGGUUGUUGCCUUUCUUUGUAGCCCCAGCUCUCGGCACAUAGUAGGCGCUUAAAGCUGCUCCCGGGGCUACCAUGAUUGAGCUGGUAGCAGAGCUGAGUCGGGGCCCCGUGUUUCUGGCUGGGGAGGCACUGGAGUGUGUGGUGACUGUCACAAACCCCUUAUCUCCCACGGCCACCUCUGCAUCCAGUGAAGCAUUGGCCUGGGCCAGUGCCCAAAUACAUUGCCAGUUCCAUGCCAGUGAGAGCCGUGUGGCGCUGCCCCCCCCAGACUCCAGCCAGCCAGAUGUCCAGCCUGAGAGCCAGACUGUGUUCUUGCCACACCGAGGUGAGCGGGGUCAAUGCAUCCUAUCUACUCCUCCAAAGAUUCUGUUCUGCGACUUGAGACUAGACCCCGGAGAGUCCAAAUCCUAUUCCUACAGUGAAGUACUUCCUGUGGAAGGGCCACCAUCUUUUCGGGGUCAGUCUGUCAAGUAUGUCUACAAGCUGACCAUUGGCUGCCAGCGGGUCAACUGCCCCAUCACUUUGCUUAGGGUCCCACUGAGGGUGCUUGUAUUGACUGGCUUCCAAGAUGCCCUGUUCCCCCAGGAUGAGGCUGUGGCUCCAUCCAGCCCAUUCCUGGAAGAAGAAGAAGUAGGUAGAAAGGAUUCACGACUAGCAGAAUUGGCAGGAGAGUUCCUCAUGGCUGCCACAUCCCGCCGCAGUUUGUAUCUAUACAAUAUCAGUGACGGUCGAGGGAAAGUUGGGACCUUUGGAAUCUUCAAGUCCGUAUACAGACUUGGAGAGGAUGUAAUAGGAACCCUGAACCUGGGGGAAGGGACUGUGGCCUGUUUGCAGUUCUCAGUGAGUCUACAGACAGAAGAGACUGUCCAGCCUGAGUACCAGCGGCGCCGGGGGGCAAGUGGGGCUGCUUCUGUGUCCCACGUGACUCAUGCUCGACACCAGGAAUCCUGUCUACACACAACCAGAACUAGCUUCUCUCUUCCCAUUCCACUAAGCUCUACCCCAGGCUUCUGCACGGCCAUUGUGUCCUUGAAGUGGCGGCUACACUUUGAAUUUGUGACAUCUCGGGAACCUGGCUUGGCACUGCUCCCUCCCAUGGAGCAGCCUGAGCCUGUGGUCUGGACAGGACCCGAACAAGUACCUGUGGACACCUUCAGUUGGGACCUCCCCAUCAAGGUGCUGCCCACAAGCCCCACGCUGGUCUCCUACGCUGCUCCAGGCCCCAAUGCCAGCACUGUCACCAUCUGAUCUGGGCUCCCAUUACCCACUAUGGCAUGGCUGUGUUUGGACACAGCAGGAAACACAAGACUCCUACAUGGCCCUCUCCUUCCUUUUUGGGGAAGUGUGAGUCUGAGAAGGGACUCCAUGGCAGGCAUUUGGCUGUCCAUUAACUUAUUUAUUUAGAAUAAAUUCAUAGCUGCUA